AGCGGCGGCGGAAGCGGCUUCGGGUCCUGGCGACGCGGACAUGGCGGAGGCGGUGCGGGAGGAGCUCUCGGCGCUGGCCGCGAUUUUCUGCGGGCCCCGCGAGUGGGAGGUGUUGAGCUGUUCAGAGACAGAUGGGGCUGUAUUGAGAAUUCACACAACAGCUGAAGGACUUGUGGGUGAGGAUGUGCCCUUAGCACUGGUGUUCCAUUUACCAGCCGGCUACCCUCUGUGCCUGCCCGGCAUCUCUGUUAACUCAGACCGUCUGACCAGGGCCCAGUGCGUUACCAUGAAGGAGAAGUUACUUGAAGAGGCCGGGAAGCUUUUGUCAGAACCUAUGGUUCACGAGCUGGUUCUUUGGAUUCAGCAGAAUCUCAGACUUGUCCUCAGCCAGCCAGAGACGGCAAGCAGCAGUGAGAAGUGUGCUUCGCCAGAAAGCACAACUGAGGAUGACGGCGUGUGGACAACUCUAUUGCAUUUAGAUCACAUGAGAGCAAGGACCAAAUAUGUCAAAGCUGUGGAGAAGUGGGCUUCAGCGCUAAGGCUGACAGGAAGACUGAUGUUCAUGGGUAAACUAAUACUGAUUUUACUACAAGGAGGCAGAAGCAACAUCAAGGAGUACCUGAUUCUUCAGAAAACCUCCAAAGUGGACGUGGACUCAAGUGGAAAGAAAUGCAAAGAGAAAAUGAUUAGUGUACUGUCUGAAACAAAAGUGCAAACGGAACACAAAAGGUUCCUGGCGUUUGAAGUCAGAGAGUAUUCCACACUGGCGGAGUUACAAAAGGAAUUUGAGACUGCAGGACUUGGGGGGCUCUUCUCAGAAUGUGUACUCGGGCUGGUGAAAUGAAGUGACUGAC